AUGGAUGCGCAGUACCCGUUUGCAUCUCGUGAAGAUAUCUGGCGCGUAUUCGAAGAGGUCAAGGAUUUGUAUUCCACGCAGCUCGAGCACGGAGAGCGGAUUUCAAGGCUGGAGCGGCGAAGGGAGGAUGACGCUCGGUUGAAGAGUGUAUGGGGCCCAAUCUCACAGUUUCCCAGCACCAUGAAUGGCCCACUCACAGAGCCUUCAUACACCCCGACCGUUGACGCCUUCAAAGGUUUCGAUCAAGGCCAUCCUCACAGCAUCGUCACGAAUAUGACUCUAGACAACGACGAGGAGCCACGGAGAGGUGCGUCUAGGGCCAAUAGCGUUCGCUUUGAUGAAAGUGCAAUAAACGGGUAUUACGGCCAGGUCAACCGCUCGACGACUGAGCUUCCUAUUCGCACGGGAAGCGGAAUGAGCAGUCAUGCCCUGACUGAGCGUUCUCUGUCUCAUCGCUCAGAUGGUCGCCAGAGUUCCUCAGGACAUUCACAUCAUUCUGCGCGGACUAAUAGCAUGGGGAUUGACACUGCACGAAUAGCAGGCUCAAGUGGCGGGUCGCCUGCAAGCUCGAUUAUGCCGCCACCCGGGUUGUUUCUGCUGGGACCUGUUCCUUGCAUUAUUCGUUGCUGGCUGACAACUACAUUUUCUAAUGACUCGUUACUGUAUGCAGCUGUAUGUUCCGGCUCAUAUACGUCUUCUCUCGGCUACGGCUUGAUUGAGAAGCUCGGAUAUGUGGAUCAGAUCAUUAUCGAGGAAGGGCUGCGCUACAUUAAGCUUCCUGUCUACCUUCCAGAAGCCAGCAUUCAUCAAACAUCCUCUCGUGCCGGCAGUCCCUCGCCUCAGCUUCCCACUGUAACCGUCCGGUUUGUAAUCCGAGAUGUGGACCCAGAAGACAAGAGCAUCCAAAUCAUCCUUGGAAGUGAUGUUCUCCGAUCUCACAAUGCGGAUAUUCUCUUCUCACAGGAUAAGAUUAUCAUGGUCGAUGAUGACAGAAACAAGGUUUGUAUUCCUCUUGUGCGACCUGAAAAUGAUGCAGUGUUCAAGUUUCUCAACACUGCCUCUAAUGCCUUGCGGGAUUUUUAUUCCAAACAGCAACAAUCACACGACACAGAUUUACAAGCAACUGUCAAUGGGAGUGAUCAUGGUACGAUUGAGCGACCUGUUUCAAGACCUCAGGCCGGUUCCGUUACGUCUACAAAGGUGGAAGAACUUGUAGAUCGCGACCGUAGCUCACGACCUACGACAAGGGACGGCGGCCAAUCUGAGACUGGUACUCAAUCUGCAAGAGAAGGCAGUGCAUCGGUUGAUCAAGAAGCGUAUCCUGGUAUCUCAGCCAAGACAGAGCCUGCUGGACCAUGGGGAUCAUGGCGACGCGCAGAUAGCAGUGCUAUUGGCAUGGCUAAAUCGAACCGUGGACGAGCAAUGAAGGUUCUACGACCAUCAAAAUCACUAUCCUCCCGUGUUCCAUCCACGACCUCUAACCAAGCCAAUUCCACUUCUCAACCUGAAUCUGCGCCAUCUUCCGCUGCAUUAUAUCAAACGGGCGAAAACAUAUCGGCAGCACAGACGUCUAAUCCAGAUCUUGUUCAUCCUACCCCGAGCCGGAGCGCCAGUUUCAAGUCAUCGGGAGAUGGCUCAUGGCCGACUACUGGCAAGAAUCGAGCAAGUAACCCCAUAGGAGGAGCAUCAGCAUUUGGUUGGCUCAAUUCUUCGUAG